CUUCCUCUAAUCUGGUUUUCUGGAAAUCCCCCGAAGUGCACGCUUUUCACUGGAAAACAUUUUGCUUUCGAGCUGCUGUUUCUUUGACACCUUUGCAUUGACAGAGAACCUAGGUGCUGCAAGAAAAUAUUCAUCACCGGGAGGCGAGAUCGGAUCGCCUUUCUUCAUCUCCUGCCUAGAGUCCCUGUGUCCAGUCCUCUCCUCCCAUCGGUCCAGUGAGCAGUCGAGAGUCAACGGAUACAGGAUGGAAGAGCAGGAGUUGAGCUUCCCCAUGAGCCAGGGGUCCUUCCAGCAGCUUUGGGAGACCAACAUGUCUACUCAGGGGUCCAAUAUUCCACCGUUUGGGACUGGAAACUGGUCUGACCUGGAUGUCUCGCUCGCUCCCGUACUUCCCGAGGCCACCUUCCACGAGGACUUUGACGAGGGGCUGUUUGAGCUGCCUGAGCCCCUGGCCGUGGAGCCCUUGAUGUUGCCCCUGGACAGCGUGCCUCCCCCCGCCUCCACCGUCCCCUCCACCAUCGACUACCCAGGGGAGCACGGCUUCCAGCUGCGCUUCCACAAGUCUGGCACCGCCAAGUCUGUCACCUCCACCUAUUCUGUGCAGCUGAUCAAGCUGUACUGCCAGCGGGCUAAGACUUGCCCGGUGGAGGUGCUGAUGACCACGGAGCCCCCGCCAGGAGCCAUCCUCCGUGCCACAGCCAUCUACAAGAAGUCAGAGCAUGUGUCCGAAGUGGUCAGCCGCUGUCCCCACCACCAGAGCACGUCUGACGGCUAUGAAGGUGUGACCCACCGCAGUCACCUGAUCAGGGUGGAGGGGAGCCAGCGGGCUCAGUACCUGGAGGAUGGUAACACCAAGCGUCAGAGCGUGCUGCUGCCUUAUGAGCCUCCUCAGCUGGGCAGUGAGGCAACUACUGUUCUCCUGAACUUCAUGUGCAACUCCAGUUGUAUGGGUGGUAUGAAUCGACGGCCCAUCCUCACCAUCCUGACGCUGGAGACCCAGGAUGGUCAGGUUUUGGGUCGCCGUUGUUUUGAGGUCCGAGUCUGUGCCUGCCCCGGCCGGGACCGCAAGACCGAGGAAGAGAACGCUAACAAAGCUCUGAACGGGACCAAGAACACCAACGGCACCAAGAGAAAGUCCCAACAGUCCCUGCCGCCUCCGGGAACCAGUAAGAAGAUCAAGAGCGGCUCCAGCACUGAGGAUGACGACAAGGACAAUGUAUUCUUGUUGCAGGUUCGUGGAAGACAGCGCUAUGAGUGGCUCAAGAAGAUCAAUGACAGUCUGGAGCUGAUGGACCGCAUUCCUCCCGCUGAGCAGGAGAAAUACAAGAAGAAAGGUUUCUCAAAGAGCCGCAAGCAAGAAGCAUUGGCUCCAAAGAGCGGAAAACGGAUGCUUACAAAGGAGGGGAGGAGCGACUCCGACUAAGGCCAGGACACCUCAGCCCUUCCCUACUGUCUAUUCCUGACCAACAUUAAAUUGUGACUCCAAAGUAAAUGCCCAAUACCAAACCCUAGGCAAUACAUGUAGUCACUUCUUACAAGUCUGAAAGGAUAGGUAUUAGCAAGAUGGUAAUAGCUCCAGCUAGGCAGCUAUACUCAACAGGCUGACCGCGGUCCGAAAACCCGGACCAGAACGUUGUCAAUACGGACUUCGGGUUCCGCCCCAAAAAUGAUAAUAUCCCUUGGUAUCAUAUGAACACACAAAGGCAUGGCAAAAUGUGUAGAAUUGUGGGAAAUGAGCUUUAACACUACAAAAAAUGUCUGCCAACAAGAGGGGUGUGAAUAGUUUGGGGUUGCAAGUUGGGGGUUCUUUACUACACUGAUAAAUGACAAUAUCCAUCCGGACCUUUACCAUCUAGGAAAUGUGUGUUACCAGACCUUCUCAUAGUACUUGUGUACAAUGGUAGAAUUGUAACCAUAUUUCAGAUGCCAGUCACUUUCGGUACAAUGCAAAGUGUGUAAGUGUAGGACCUAGGGUUUGGAUUGGGUAAAUAGGCUGACCACCAUGCCAGUCACUUUCGGCACAACACAAAGUGCCUAAGUGUAGCCCCCCACUGCCUUAACCAUCUGGUGUGACUUCCUCCUCACCUGCCCCCCAAAGAGCACUUUAGCUUGUGCUUUUAUGAUUUGGACCAAUUAAAACUAGUCAUAUCUUGACCUGCCUAGAAACUAUGCUUUGUUACCAGUUAAUUGGCCAAUUGCCUGUUAGUAUUUUUGAUACCUGCUAAACAUAACCACUGCCUUCAUUCCUCCCCCUGAACCCUUGACCUGGUUCCCUGUUAAUCAUGGUCCUAUUGAGGCAUUGGUCUUUCUUUUUCCCAUACUUUUGUACUGCUGAUCUAGGAACUAUUUUUGUAAGUUCUUUUAGGAACUGUUAAAUGAUUUUGUCUUAUCAAUGUUUUUUUUCUUUGUUUUCAAUAAAUGUUUUAGUUUUUUUUGUACUAAUUCCAGCGUUUUGUCCAAUGUCUUUUCUCUCUCCUAUGCAGAGUUCUGAUACUGUGCUUAUGAUAUACUUGAUUAAGCACAUUUUAUGUUGGUUUACUUUAUGGCUUUCUGAUGGAAACUCUUUUUGCUGAUGUCAUUUGGUGCUGAGACACGAUGCUCUUUUGUUUAGGGAAAAAGGAAACAUUUCAGGGAACUUUAAAAAAAUAAAUAAAAGCAAUUUCCUAAAUA